AUGGUCGAGAAUGGUGUCACCAACACUGCCGUCCUCGAGCGCCUCAACGCCGAACGGUGCAUGGAGCUGAACCUGCCUUACGCGCUCGUCGAAGCCACCCAGAAACGCUGGAUCGCUGAAAAGAUGAACAUGGGCCAGGACCAGGGCGGCUCCAUUGAGAAGGAGGAUCCUUUCAAGAAGCUCCUGGAGGCUAACAAGGAGCGCAUGACAGGCAAGAACCUUCUCAAUGCCCUGCCUGGCAUGAGUAGUCCGCGGGCAAGCAUUGGUGGCAUGGGUGGCCUGAAUGUGGAUUUUGGCAGCAUGGAGGAUCAGAUGCUCGCGACUAUGAAUCGGGCCUUGAUGCCUCUGCAGGAUCUGGUUCUGUCUCGCUUGCAGGCCAUGGAGGACAAUUUGCAACGGCAGCUGGAGACCACACAGGAAGCGAUCUCCCAGCGCAUGGAUUUCUCGCAGGUUGCACUUUUGCAGACCGUGAACGCCUGCCAAGUGCUACUCCACAAGCUGGACUCAUCACAGGAGACCGUGAUGCAGAAGAUGGAUUCCCAGAAAGCGACGGUAGACCAGAUGGUCAGCUCGUACGCUGGCCUGGUCAAGAACAUCGACGGCGCCAGCGACAGCACUAAACAGGCAUUGUUGGACACCGUGAACACCUCCUCCUCCGCCUUACUGCAGAAGCUGGAUGCCACGCAGCAGGAUCUAUUGAAGCAGACGACUGACUCUCACAAUGUGCUCCAAACCGUGGCGCAAGCACAGACGUCUUUGGCCAAGAAGGUCGACUCGGGCAAUGAGUUUACGCAACGCCGUCUGGUGGAGGUCGAGGGCGCUCUCGGUCGGAAGGUGGACUCGGCAACUGAUCUCCUUACCAAGGCCCAGGAUCAGACGUUGGAGAAGAUGCUUACGUCCAUGCGUACCGACCUG